UUAUUAAAACAAUUCUUGUUUAAAAUUUCAUUUUAAAAACUGUAUUUUUAGGUACCGUAAUGAUUAGCGAGGAAAGAAGGUCAGAAUUAGUGACCAUAAAAAAUAAACUCAAAAGGAUGAACCGUAUAUUAAAAAAAGGUUUGUCGAAUUAUUUUAUAUUAACACGGUCAUUUUGAACAUUUAAGAAUAUGGCUAUUUCUUUCACCUCGCCUUUCACUUGUAAUAUUUUAUUUACUACGUUCCUUAUUAGAUAUAUUAUAAUUUAUAUUCAGUAAAUAAACACUUUUUUCAAUUAAGUUCUCAACUUUCAUUAAUUAUGUGUUCGUGGUUUAUAAAAAUUUGCUUAUAGAAUGUUCGUUUGCAUUAUAUGUGUAUUCCUAUUUAUUUAAUUAGGCAUUAAAAUCCUAAUUGCCAGUGUCUACACGCAUUUUUUCCAGAAAGAACAUUUAGAUUAUGGUAUCAAAUAAUUAUGAUGUAUCCAAGAAAAAUAAUGUUGAAGUUUUCGAUGUGCUCGUCCUAAAAAAAUAUAAUUCACAAAGUGUGUUAAAAAUCUAAAAUGCAGGCAUAAAUUAAACAGCGUAAUUAUAUCCAUAAAAAGGCCACGAAACACAUAAUAUGAUAUGUAAAAUUUGCUUUUAAGAGCAAUACCUAACAAAGAUUAGACUAAUUGAAAUUGAAAUGCUUGUCUUCCAUAUGGACAUGGACAUAUUCAGACUACGAAUUGGAUGUUUCAACAAUUGUUCAAGUAAAUUUGAACAACUUCUCUUGUAAUUUCUUAAAAUAUAUUGAUUGAUAUACUUGUUACACAUCUUUAUUGGUAAUGCCCCAUUGCUCAUACUUCAUGGGCUUAUCCAUUGGUCAAUCGAUACUGAAGCUUGAAGCUUCCGAAAGAAGCACCAUCGGAAAUCUUUCUACAAACUGUCUGGAAUAAUCUUUAAAAUAUAGCCUAUUUAUUACAUCUGUAAUCUAAGUUUACAUAUUUAAAUCUGCUUUUGAAGCACUUGAUGUAUAAAAUCUCAAAGCUUCCAAUGGCAUCCAAACUGAUUCCAAGAGUGAUCCCACCAGAAACUUUUAAUACGAUAUAGCCAUUUUCGAGACUGAUUAGUAGCAGGGAGAAAAUCAUUAUUUUAGUUCCUUAUAUAAUGUAUUGUAUAUUUUAUUUUAUGUACAGAAUGUUUUGGAAUUUUUUAACCUAAAUUAAAAAACGUAACCCGUGUUUUAGUACCGUUUAGAAAAAGUGGAAUUUAGUUAAACUCGCUUUCAUUGCUAUUCGACUACUCAUAAAAAAUAAAUCCUGAACAAAUGCUAAUUUGAGAUUUCAUUGUUUUAACACAAUUUUUUCUUAUGUGAACAAUCUGAACUGCACCAUAACCCCCCUGUAUUAUGUACUGUAUACAUUGGAUCUUUGUCCAAGAACCACAGGUAUCUCAUAAGAGACUCUUUGAGUAAACCCCUCGAGGCCCUUAAUUCUUAGCUGUAAAAGCUGUAAGAUCAGUCUUUAUGAAUCUGUAUAUUAACACCAUACUUGAAUAAUAAACAGAACUGUAUGGGUUACAUACAGAUAAAUACAUUUAAAAAAAAACAAAUCAAUUCGAGUACAACUGUUGUCAUUUUAAUUACAACAUCUUUUAAGCACAAAUAUCAAUUUAAACCCAUGACUACCUAUAUAAUAUUUUAUGCAAUCUAUAAACAUAACAUAAGCUUGCAAUCAUACGCUAAAACAUACUGAAAACUUUAGCAAUAGUGUUCAAAAAAUAAAUAAAGAAACAUAACACUUUUCACUGUAAAUAACACGGCCAACAGCCGCGCCAACAGACAAAUUCCAUUACUGAUGGAGCUGUUAGAAAAGGAAAAACUAUUCACAUGCCAAUACAUCCAAAAAAUUCACAUAGGCAUAAAAUAUAUUAUGCACAGCUGUCCAAAAAAUAUAUACUCAUAUGAUAAUAAAUGAGAAAUAAAGAAAAAUCUUCUCUAUUGUAAAAUAAAAUUCUGAUGUUUAAUAUUACAGUUUUGAGAUAAAGUAUUUGCUUCUAAAUUUACAUUGUGGGGAUAUAAACGAUGAGUAUUAUAACGAAACAAAUUGUGACUCAAUGACCAUCUCAAUGGGACAAAACAAGGCUGCGGCGUUCCUAAAGACAGGACUGUUGGUGGUUCUGGUGUGCUUUACUGGGGAAAUCAAUUCUUACUACCUCUUCCCAGGAGCAUACCCCUUCACAGACUGUUAUGGCAACAUAGGGUGUAGUUAUUCUAAUGGUUAUCCUUACGGGGGCUACGGGAUUGGCGAAGGCUUCCCGUACUACCCAUUAGGUUACGGAGGAUACGGUAACCACAGGAGCUACUCCUUCAAUACUGCGGUACCUAGCGGAGUCUUCGGCCGAGAUGGCUGUGGAUGUGAUGGAUACGGCAAAUACGGCUGCAACUGUGGAUAAAUUUGCCGUGUUUUUUAUGACUUGUUAUAAAUUUUUGUUACUGGAACAUUAGUUAAGUUUUAAUUAUAACUAUUAUUUUUAA